AUGUCUCUUCAACCUUUCUUCGAUUUAUACCCAUUUCAAGACGGUCUUUCCGACUUUUUGAGUUAUUCUCCUCGCGUUCAACGCCAGGAUCGUGCUGUUGAUUUGUCACCCGCCAUUGAUGUUCACGAAGGCAAAGACACGGUUGCUGUUGAUGUAGAACUUCCUGGUGUCAAAAAGCAGGACGUUCAAGUUCAUUACGACGAAGGAAAGCUUACCAUUUCUGGUAAAUCCGUGAAUGAGCGCAAGAGCGAAGGAGAUCGAGGAAACCACAGAUGGUCUGAGCGUCGCUUUGGUUCCUUCUCUCGAACUAUCUCUAUCCCCAGCAGGAUCGAUUCCGAUCGUAUUGAAGCUCAAUUUUCCAAUGGCAUUUUGAGUAUUCUUCUGCCCAAGGUAGAGCAAUCUCGCUCCAAGAAGCAAAUCGCCAUUAAUUAA